AUGAAGUCAAUCUCGCUUCUUGCUAGCGCGGUGGCUAUCGCCAAGGUUUAUGGUCAUGGAGGCAUUACCCCUGGCUCCCGGAAGAAGGGCAGGUGUCGAUCCAGCGCCGCUGGUGGCCCGACCCAAUCUAUCGGGCAGACCCAUGAAAUGUUCCGGGCCGGAGUAAUAUACAUGGGUACACAGCCAGGGGCCGAUGAUGGUGUAUAUGGCAGAUUGUCAAGGACCCGUGAUGCUACGAAUGGGACGGCACCGGGAAGCGCUGGUUUAAGAUCUGGGAGGCAGGCUACAACUCCAAGGGAUUGGAGGGUGCCUAUAACUACGGCACGGACAUGCCCAUCUCAACUAAGUACCGGUGGUGGCAAGACUACCUAUGUAAUCGAACAUGGAAACUCCGUUGGUGUCUGGAACAUCACCAUUCCUAACCUGAAGCCCGGUAACUACUUGAUUCGGCACGAAACCACCAAUCUCGAGGCGAGCCUGCAGUUCUACCCUGAGUGUGCACAGCUAGAGGUCACUGGAGACGGUGAUUCUACUCCCUCUGAGGAUUACCUUGUCGAAUUCCCUGGUGCAUAUAGCCCGGAUGACCCUGGUUUAUGGAUGGCAGGCCAACUAACUAACUAUACUAUGCCCGGCCCCAAGGUCUGGGAUCCUUCAAAGGCUUAA